UCAAGCAUUCUCUGAUUAUCAAAACAAUAUGGUAUCAGAGCAGGCCUGAAUCGAUUCAGGGAACUGCUCAUCACCUACCCUUUUCGUUUUUUAAAAAACCAUAGUCAAGGCCACCAUGAAUCCCGACGGCAGCCCCACUAUUCAAAAUAAUACCGAUCUUUCAACCCAAUUAGCCAACCUUCUCAAUGGUUUUCAAUCAUCCCAAAACCAAAACACCAAACACAAUCUGUCCGAUAGCCUCACGAUCAGUCUUAAACUCAACAAUCAAAACUAUGCCUUAUGGGCUCGUAUGAUUCGUGUAGCUAUCGGAGGUAAAUCAAAAACUCUUCUUGGUCAUUUGUCAGGAAAUCCGGCACCCCCCAAACCAUCCGAAGAUGGGUAUGAGCGAUGGGAACAAGACGACCUCGUAGUGUUCUCAUGGCUUAUACAAAAUAUUGAACCAACAAUUGCAAGCAAUCUGACCGAGUUUCCCACUGCCAAAGCCUUGUGGGAUGCUCUCGUUACCACAUACAGCAGUGGUAAAGAUAAACUCCAAACCUUUGACUUACAUGUCAAAGCGAACGGAAUUAAACAAAAUGGAACUCCCCUUGAGGAGUUUUGGAUCAUAAUGCAAGGAAUCUGGGGAGAAAUAGAUCGAAGAGAUCCAAACCCCAUGACAUCCCCAACCGAUAUUACCACUUACAACAAACUGAGAACAGAACAAAAACUGUUUCAGUUCCUUAAUGCAAUCGACAGACAGUAUGAUACUAUCAAGAGGGAAAUCCUUAGGAUGGAUCCGCUCCCCUCGGCCGAAGAAGCAUAUGCGGCGGUCCGGAAGGAAACCGCACACCAAAAUAUCCUUGGGACCACCGCCGGAACUCAAUCAGGAAUCGGAGCGGGACUUGCUACUACUCGACCCGACCACAAUGACAGAGCCCUAGGGCUUGCGGCCAGGGGGCAGACGCGCCGCUCAGAUGUCCCAUUCAAACCCAAAAUCGACAAAACUAACCUCAAGUGUGAACAUUGUGGAAUGAUGAGGCACACCAAAGAUCAAUGCUUCAGAAUCGUUGGCUAUCCCGAAUGGUGGAGCGAUGGCCACAAGAAAGGUACCAAGAGUAAUAAGGAUGGAGGAAAGGCAGCGGUCGCCACCAACCGUACCGAAGAUUCCGGCAGGGGCGGCGAAGAUUCCGGCAGAAGCAACGAGCAGCACAGUGGAGGAUUUGGUGGAGUUGCCUUCGCCGGAGAGUCUGAGCCGAAUGAAGGAGGAUAUCAGGACGGGAAUGAUCAUUGGGCGUGGCACUGAACGAUUGGGAUUGUACUAUGUGGACGAAGUAACUCAACCGGGAAAUGUGAUGCUUGCCCAUGGAACAACAAAUAGGGAAGCUUGGCUCUGGCAUAGGAGAUUAGGCCAUCCAUCUAUUGGCUAUUUACGUCUUUUAUUUCCAAAACUUUUUUCUAAUAAUAAUAAUUUCCAUUGUGAAACGUGUGUCUUGGCUAAAAGUCAUAGACAAACCUAUAAAUUAAAUAACACCAAAGUUGCGUUACCUUUUUCUCUUAUACACUCAGAUGUUUGG